AUAAAAGAGAAAAAAAAAAUUGAAAAUUCAUAUCUUGAAAGACACUGUGACGAUAUUCAUCCCACUUGCAUUUUCAGCAACAUUCGAAGACGUUAGGAGGACCGACCGACCGACAAACCAGCAAACAGCCGACCUACAAACAAAGACCGGAAACGCAAUCAAUCAGCGGCCUACAUGUAUUCUUACUAAAAAGACUCCCUCCUCCCAGUCUAAUAUCCGGUGUUGUCUACCAUCCUCCCACUCAGGUCAUUUGUCCAAAAGAGCGCGUCUGCUCGUUUCCCCUUUUUACUGCCUUCUUUCUCCUGAUCUGUUCUCCCCUUUUCGUCGUCUUGUCCGAUGUGGCUCUUCCGCGCCCUCUCGUCGGGGAUCUUCCUGACCGUCACGGUCGCUUCCAUCCCCCUCGCCUUUGAUGUGGGUGGAAAGACAUGCGGUUUGGCCUACUCGCUCUCCCUCGCAACCUUUUAUUUCCUAUUUUCGCUCCUGCGACUUUCGACGCCCGAUCGUUCCUGGAUCCGCUCCUCUCUAGUCGUUAUCAUCAGCUCGACGCAGUGGCUCAUCAUUCCGAUCUUGCUUAUCUGGUCGCUCAACCGCUUCUCUAUCGAUAAUGACAACGCGGCUUCAUGGGUGGAACGGACAUUCACUGGGAAACGGGCUCACGACUCCUCCAUUCAGGAGUGGGUGUUUGGGCCGGAUGGCUUGGUGGAAUCGGUGACGAUUGGCAACUGGGACAAACUCUUGCGAUGGUCAACACCCGUCUUCCAGCUGGUGGAGGGCUUCUGCAGUUUAUUGGUCAUACAGGCUGCAGGGCAGAUCACUCGGUGGCUUGUGAAUCGCGGCGGGCGCAGUGACAGUUGGAUGAUUGGUCUCCUAGUAUUGUCCGCCUCAAUCAUAUCCAGCUCCGUCUACUUCCUAUGGCGCGUGCUACAGUUUCCGGAGAUCUCGAAUGUGGAUGCGGCUUUGAUCGGUGUCGCCAUAACAUGCGCGGUCAUCUUGUGCGCCUGGGGUAUCGGCAGCGGCCGGGGAAAUCCAGUGGAGAGUUCUUUGCUGUUUGCCUACAUUGUACUCUGUCUCUAUCAGAUCUUUACCGACUAUAAACCCUCUCAUCCCCUGGAGCAACCGCCUUCCGCUCCUCAAGCUGGAGACUUCCCUCCUCUACCUCCGAUCAUCAUGGAAUCGUACACUACCUUGAUGCAUGCCCUGUCAACCCUGCCGUCGAUUAUUCACGCCGCGUUCAAUGUCAUCACAGCAGUCUUUGGCGCAGUGACCCCCUCCGUGUUGGUCUCUCUCACCUACCGGAUCCUGGUCCUGUACGCGUCUACUCGAAUUAUCCCCGCCGUGCGCGAGGCUGGCGCCCGUGCCUUAUCGCAAGAAGCGUCGUUGGAUGAUUCUGAUGCCGCCGGUCAAUUCCUCGGGUUCCUCAGCUACUUCUCACCUUCGAUUCUUAUUGCUGUGUACACCAGCCUCUUGAUGCAGCAUUUUGCGUCAACAUCGCAAGCUAUGGGUGGAAGUGGGGAGUGGUGGAGCAGCCAAGGCGGUGGCGGCGGAAACCUCUGGCGCUGGAUCAACCUCGCGUGCACAAUGGGCUUGUACGCCGUCGAGCUUUAUCUGGGGGAAACUGAUGAUCUGGAUGCUGGCCUCGCUGGUCACUGGAAGACCGACUGAGAGGCGCCGUUCGCUUCACAACCCCACACUAAUUAUAUCAGCCAUGCGAACACUGGUGGUACAUAAUCCCUGCACCAUCCUGCACAAGUCAGUCUGCCUCAGAGGAUAUUUCUCGGCGCAUUCCAUCAAGCCAGUG